CAGCGUUCCACAGCACAUACACGAAGAGCUAACAAUGGCAGAACGUGGCGGACUGCUUACGUUUCUCCUCCUGGGGCUCUUUCUCGGCCUCGCUGGAUCCAGUCCGCCGCCGGAGCCGGUAGAGUGCGCGCAUGGCACGUCCGACUGCACCGUCACCAACGUGUAUGGUUCCUUCCCGGACCGCACCGUCUGCCGCGCGGCCAACGCCACGUUCCCGCGCACCGAGGAGGAGCUCGUGGCAGCCGUGGCUGCCGCCGCCGCAGCCAAGCGCAAGGUGAAGGUGGCCACGAGGCACUCCCACAGCUUCACCAAGCUGGCCUGCCCCGGCGGCCGUGACGGCACGAUCAUCAGCACCAAGCGGCUCAACAAGACGGUGAGCCUCGACGCUGCCAAGGGGCUGAUGACGGUGGAGAGUGGCAUGGUGCUCAAGGACCUGAUCCAGGCGGCCGCGGAGGCGGGGCUGGCGCUACCGCACUCGCCCUACUGGUACGGAGUCACCAUCGGGGGCCUCCUUGCCACGGGUGCCCACGGCAGCUCGCUGUGGGGCAAGGGCAGCGCCGUCCACGAGUACAUCGUCGGGAUGAGGAUCGUAACGCCGGCGCUGGCCAGCCAGGGAUUCGCCGUGGUCAGGGAGCUCAGCGUGGGAGACCCUGACCUCGACGCGGUCAAGGUAUCUCUGGGCGUCCUCGGCGUCGUCUCGCAGGUCACGCUAGCCUUGCAGCCAAUGUUCAAGCGGUCAGUGACGUUCGAGACACGUGACGACAUGGACUUACCGGCGCAGGCCGCCGUGUGGGGCAGGCUGCACGAGUUCGGCGACAUGGCAUGGCUGCCAUGGCAAGGCAAGGUGAUCUACCGCAAGGACAACCGUGUACCCGUCUCGACCAAGGGCCACGGCCUCAAUGACUACCUCGGCUAUCGCUCGAACCCGACCCUAGCACUCAUCACGGACAGAGCCACCGAGGAGCGCCUGGAGGAGGACAAUAGUGACAUCGCCCGUUGCCUGGCGGCGCGGGUGCCAUCGGCGCUAUUCGAGCUGCAGGGCUACGGCUUCACCAAUGAUGGCUCCUUCUUCACAGGGUGGCCUGUGAUCGGGUUCCAGAACCGUAUCCAGGCGUCUGGCACGUGCAUCAGCAGCCCAGAGGACGGACUCCUCUCCACAUGCACAUGGGACCCGCGCAUCCGGAGCCCCUUCUUCUAUAGCUCCAGCUUCAGCAUAGCGCUUUCCAAGGCGCCGUCAUUCAUCGCCGAGAUGCAGAAGCUCCGCGACCUCAAGCCUUGCGCCUUCUGCGGUCUCGAUGCCACGCUGGGUGUGCUCCUCCGCUACGUCAAGGCCUCCUCCGCUUACCUUGGCAAAUCAGAGGACUCGAUCGACUUCGAUUUCACCUACUACCGGAGCUACACCCAAGGCGAGCCACGUGCCAACUCUGAUGUGGUCGAUGAGCUCGAGCAGUUGGCACUGUGCAAGUACGACGCCGUACCUCACUGGGGCAAAAAUCGCAACUUUGCCUUUGACGGCGUCAUUGCCAAGUACCCCAAAGCCGCUGAGUUCCUCAAGGUGAAGGCCAGGUACGACCCUGAUGGGAUCUUUUCCAGCGAGUGGAGUGACCAAGUGCUCGGCGCCAAAGGCAGCUCCAAUAUGGCUGAGAAAAGUUGCGGCAUCGAAGGGAUCUGCAUCUGCUCUGAUGACUCGCACUGCGCUCCAGAGAAGGGAUACUUCUGCCACCCGGGGAAGGUGUUCACGGAUGCCAGGGUUUGCUCAACCCGACGCACAUUCGGCGACGACCUUCUGAAGGAACAGUGAUUGGUAAUGCAUGUAUGCAUGUGUCGGCUCAAGCAGCACCGCGAUCAAAGCGAUAUGCUGACUUUAAUAUUGUUUGUAUCGUGGUGUGUUAGCAUUUUCCAGAGAUUUCAUCCAUCUCGGUGGAAGAUUUAAAUAACGACGCUAUAGCACCGCUAUAACGUUUGAAGGGGCACCACGCCGCAGCUACGCUUGCUUUGCUAUGCUAUGCUUUGUUAUGGCUGGAUGCCAAGUAUAUGUGAUAUAUGUAUGCAUGUCAACUAUCAAAAAGUGUGUGUGUGUGUGUGUGAUAUUGAUUGUAUGUUUGUUGAAAAUAUAUCCUAGAGACAAUAAUAAAGUCGUUAUUAUUCUA